AUGAUCAGAGCAGCCAUCAGUGCUGACAGAAACCCUACGGGAUCAUCCCUACAAUCCAUCCAAAGUUACAUAAGGAACAACUACAAGAUGAAGGGAAACUCAGACUCUAAAAUCAGAGUUGCGCUGAAGAAGUUAGUGUCCUCUGGAGCCGUAAGACGGGGCAGUAUUUUAUCAGGCUUGUACAAAGUAAACAGUGGCAGCAAGUCUGGCAGAAAAAGCGAACGUAGAAAAGGAAGCAAGAAGGGAAGCAGGAAAGGAAGGAAGAAGAGGACCAAACGUAGAAGGAAGUCCAGAUCUCGAGGUAAAGGCAGGAGAAGACGGCGUAAGGCAGCUGCACAGACUGAUGAUGUGGACGUUGGGUCCAAGAGGAGAAGGAGAAGUAGAAGAGGGAAAACAUCAAAGUCCAGCGCCCGCAAGCAAAAGAGGGCAAGGAGGGGAAGAGAUAGGUUGUCUUUGAAAUCUCCAUUUUCUGAAACCGAGCAAAUUAAAGGAGAGAAACUGAGUCAACCAAAGAGAAAUCGUCAACCUACCAUCUACGUGGACCUGCGAAAUGCAAAACCAACCGGUCAGUUCAGUCGCACUGAGCCUAAGGAACACUUGGCAAUCUGUGAAGUCAAAGCAGAAAGCUGGUGCAGCAUUUCAUCAUCGUCAGAUGAGGAGGAGUCGAGUGACAUCCAUGCCGCACAGACAAUUUUACUUACAGGAAAAAGCAUUCUGCUUCAGAAGCUUAAGGAGGCAAAUAAAGAAAAUGCUGCAAAUGCGUUAAAUUUUAGUCCAAAAAAGCCAUUUUGUGAUUCCAAGAAGCCCAAGGAAGGACUGAUCUUGCCGAGCAGCAAGAGGAGAAAAAAGUGCAGCAGAAGUGAAAUCGGGACAUCGAAUGACCUGACGUGUCCGCGCCCCGUGGCAGAGGACAAGAAGCACGUUAAUGGAGCGGCUGAGGAGAAGCUUCCAAAAAAUGAGCCGCCGAGUCGAGAGCCUGCCUUGAAUGGUGAUACAAGAAGCUCUGCAGUGAUUAAUGGCAUAAUGGAUUCUGCAAAUUUGGGGCAGAAAGAGAACGCCAAACGACAAGCACACCGGCAGCGUCUGCACAGUCAUCUGGAGAGCCUGAAACCAAGACGCUCCGUGUGUGGCAGACAGGCAGCCGCACAGACAACUGAGCUUCUGUAUGACCCGGAAGCCUCGUUUUCUCCUUUUAUACACACUUUGCCUCCAGACAUUGGGAGCAGUGAAAGUCUGCUGCUGACCAUUCGUCUUUCAAGUCCAGGGCAGGCAGCAGCCAUUGGCCAGACCGCUGCCAACAGCCUAGAUUCAGUCUUGAUGGGAUGCAACGUCUACAAUGCUUUGCUCGCCUGGCUCCUUGCUUUGAAUGAACCUCCAUCUUGGGGCCGAGCCAAAUCUGCAGACGUUGACCAGGUGGCUCCUUUUUGGGUGGCUGGAAUUCAGCAGCUCUGGAGAGAGGAAGGCCUGGCACUCUAUGUGUGUGCAGCGUCACAUGAAGGAGGACACCGGCAAGGCCAGCAUCGUGGCAGGCCAGCACGUCACCGUGAGGAGGAGAAGGCAUCUUCUCUCUUUUACCAGCGGGUCUCCAAAUUCUUGUCCAAAACGUCCUUGUGCAGUGUGAUCCCGUGGGCAGAGGAGCUCAAGUGGCAUCUUGCCAAGCAGGCUCACUUCAUUGGCGUUGACCUGCCAGGGGCACGACUGAGCAGCUUCAUCGCCAUCAAUCCUGACAAAAAGGCCGUGGGAAGCGUGUUUGACAUGCCAAUUGGAUUUUACUGGCAGACCAUUGAGACUGAAGAGGAAAUUUGUGUUUCAUCAGGUGAGGCUGAAGACAGGAAGCAUUUGGAAAUGGAGGUCGCUAUGACUCUGGCAUCCAAAGCAUUCUUUAGGGAGCCACUGGCAACUCACCAUACUUUGCAACUGAUGCUAAUGUCAAGCUUGGACAUCUGUGGUCUCCGCUUGUUGUACCCUCCACAUGAGCUUCUCUUAUCCAGUGCAGGAAAUCUGUGCACAAAUCUAGACCAACAGGACAGGCCCCAGGCGAUCCUGGCCCUUGCUUUCAGGGGUCCAAGGGCCAUCUCUGUCUGGCAGGAUAUAGCAGGGCCUUCUGACUCUGUGCUGGCUGGCAUGACUGAUCCAAAUUCCAUCAAUGCCAUGUACUGCCCUCCAGACCGAGCUUUCUUCUACUCUCCUCGCCUAGGCAGCCACAUCCAGUCGGAGCUGUGCACAUGGUUUGGGGGACGUGUCCCCGAAGAUGGCAUUAUUAAGGUUGGAUUGCAGAAUGACAAGAGGCUUCCGGUAUCCAGGUCUGAUGUCCACAGCAUGGAGAGCACAGCAAGGCCUCCCGCAGCCCUCAUCGCCAUAACUGAAGCUGAUCUAUUCCUCGUGGUGUCACCUAUCAUCCCGGCCUUGUGCUUCGGAGACGUGUUCCUCGUGUGCAGCAGGUGUGGUUUCCGGCUGCGAGGAGUGAAGCGAGUGCCGCUAUCCACUAAGCGAGCCCAAGCACUGGGAAUAUCGAGUCACAAGAUGUCUGCAUUUUGCACUGCUCCAUCCUACACUGGUUCAUCAGAAGAAGAGCCCAGAAUGAAGCUGACCGCUCACUGCCUGUUUAUUCUGUUACGGCGAGAGAAUGCCCUGCACCACAGCGCCAGCCUCAUCACUGGAUUAAUGAACGAGUUUUCUGAACAAGGGUUGCUUGCCACUGUUUGUAGAAGAUUCUCCUUCGAAGAUGGACUAGAACCUGGACUGUGCUUCCACACGCUUCCCUACAAUGAGAUCAUCUUGCGCACUUUGGGUGGCACUCUGUGGGCAGUGCCCGACUGUGGAAGUGUACUCAUGGACAUGCUGUCGGUGCGCACUUUCUCCUCAAAACCCGAACUUGAACAAGUUGUCAUCCUUACACUGACAGGCAGGAACACAAGCAGACCUGGAAACCUUUUUCUUCGUAAAAUUCUAAGAGGGGAUUCCCCCCUGGAAGCAGCUCUUGAAGGUGGUGGGUUUGAACUGUUAGGCCUAAAGUGGUUGCCCACCCUUUCCUUGCCCCUUGCCCGUGAACUGACACCAUUUGAAGUGGGUGACAAGCAGUGGCAAGAGAGCGUGGCAAGACUGGCAUCCAGCUCUGCUUUGGUAGUGGCACUGAGACGUGUCAAUGGCUUUGCUGUCCUCCGAGAGCUCCUGCAGGAUUCAUCUAACGGGCUGGAGAAGCUGAUGUCACCCACCCCUGAGUUGGCCUUCCGCCAGGCUGCCCUCUUCUUUACUGAGCAAGAACUUCUUUCAGAUGACUUUGCUCGUCCUUUACUGAAGUUUCUGCCACCCGCAAACAAGCUUGGCUGUUGCCUGGCAAAAAGAAACCGCGUUUUACAGGCCGAGUCCAUCUUCAAGUACAUGGUGAACACUGCCGAGAUGCUGUACACUGUGAUGUUUCUCAAGCCAACUGUUUGGUUGCAGUCACUUGGCAAAAUCCUGAGUAAGGUGGAACAUGAAGGCUUCCACCUGGUUGGACUCAAGGUGCACCGUUUGGACCAGCAAAGCGCACUGGCACUGCUUACUCCUGCACAGCUGCAGAACCCCUCAUUUGUGGAGUCCCAGGUGGAAUAUCUGACCUCAGCCCCAUCUCUGAUCCUUUGUCUUCAAAGAGAGAAUGCGGUCAAGAGGCUGCUGGAUCUUCUGGGACCUGAAGAUCCCCUGCAGGCUCGAAAAGAUGACCAGUUUCUUUGGAGGGCCCAAUAUGGCACAGAUUUACUCCACAAUGGCAUCUAUGGAUCGCCAUCCUACAGUAAGGCUGUGAAGGACGUAAAGCUCUUCUUCUCAGAUGGCAUAUGCUGCAAAGAAACUCUGUUAAUGGAACAAGAAGAGAUUUUGUGUGCAGCGUCCGAUCCAUUUAUCAAGACUGAGCACUUGUGCAGCUGCAGCCCAGCAAAGAGACAUUUUAUUGCAACUAUGGAAGCGUCCCCAGCCCGCAAUGCCCUUUGCCAGACAACAUGUCUUCUUAUUUCCGCGUGCAUCCUGUGCACUCCCCAGCCUUCCCUCCACAUCCAGCUGCUCCAACAACUGUUUCUCAAAGGCUUCAGCUUGGUGGGUGGGCGUCUGAGCCAUCUUGACAGAGCACAGGGACAGCUUGUCGCAGGCAUGCUGAGGUCAUUCCAGGAACAGUUUGCAGUGACUGACAUGCUUUCCAAAGGCCCCUGUCUCAUACUGGCAUUGCAGAGAGAGAAUGCCGUGACCUGCUUUGACUCCAUACUUGACAGUAUUUGCUGGGAGAAGCCAGAGCUGGAACGAAUCGGGCAAUCGCUGCUGUUUCCUCAAAAUGAAACCCAGGCCAAUAAGCUGCUGUGCUGCCUUUUUGAAUCCUGCUGUAGUACGGGCAAACGCACUCACUCAGGUCCCUGGACUCCAGCAUGAGGACCA